AUGUCAAACCAACCACCCGCUGCGUUUAAUGGCCACCCCGAUUAUGCAGCGCAGUGGCGGCCCUCAUUUCCUUCGAUAAUCCCUCCAACCUACCCUCCCAAUCCUGAAUACACUUUAGUUGCUCAGCCCCCUUCGUCCCACCCUGGACAGAACUCUGAUUACAAUAUGGCGGCCUUGAAUGGCAAUUCGCAAAUACCUGGCGCCGGUGCUCCGGGGUUCUUUUUCCCCCCUCACUUGCCAUUUAUGGGCCAGUUCGACCCUGCGCAAGGCCCACCUUUUCAUCCCAUGCCCAUACCUUCAUUUGGAUACGCGCCGAUGCCCUUCGCACCCCCAGGGUCCUCCGAUCCUGCCCCUAGUCUGUUCAAUGCCCAUGGAACGGACCGUGGCCAACCCCCAGGUUCUGGAUUUCAGGCGCAAGGCACCUCAAAUGCUGCGGAUUCGAAUCGAGAAGAAGGCGAGGUUAGUGAAGGCGGGCGGUCAUUUGGAACAAAGAAACAUGCGAAGACUGCCAAGCGGGCUUGUUUGAACAGCGCAUCUGUCACUCGGUAUUCCGACCUGGAAGAGGGUGAAACCGUAUCAACAAGGUCACGCUCCUCCAGCCGGAGCAGUUCGCCUUACAAUCCACCGCUAUCGGUUUCGGCGGAUCCAGCUGUGGUUCAUCGCGCAAUAGAGAUGCAGAUGCGAGAUGCACCGGCAACGACUCCGGCGGACCAAAAUCCUCCAAAAUCUGCAGCCCAGCUCCGUAUUCAAGCUCAGGGCGCGUUGCUUAGUCUGGCACCUCACAAUAUCCGAUACCAUGAACUGGUAGCGGAGGGGAUCGACCCAACCAUCUUGAAACGACUCUAUGAAGAGGUCGGUAUCAAAAUCACGGCUUCUCAGAGUGAGAAGACGACUCAGGCUGCCAAUGUACCUGGGAAGUUUUUUGGGGCGCCCACCUCUAGCCCCAGACAAGUGGAGGUAGCGGCUCCGGGAAACAGCAAAAAGCACACUCCAAUUACAGUCCAGGCCAUUGCGUCUCCCGCUUCUCAGACUGACGACAGCAAACCAAUGGAAAGGAAAGAGCUUAUUGCCAGAAUGCUUGCGGCUAAGGCUGCCAAGGCAUCGGAGUCUAAAGUGGCAUUGACUGAGACGCAAACGCCCGCAAAUGCAACACCCACGCCUUCUUCCAAUGGAACAUCCGGCAAGGAGAAUGGAGUUUCCGUCCGAGAGAGGAAUAAAGCUCAAACAGAAUUAGCAAGGCAGCGGAUAGAAGAGCUGAAGAGACAAGCAUUGCUGAAAAGGCAGCAGCAAGCUGAGCAACAAGCUCAGCAGCCGACUCAGUCUGACAAGUCUGCCAAGAUAGAUCAACUUGCGGUUUUGUCUGAGCCCACUGCCGCUGCUGUUCAACAUCCACUGCCUGUUCGCCCGCCUGUACCCCUGCCCACAGAAGCCGCCGGUAUUCCAGGGCUUGUCAUGCCUGGAUCGCAGCGUGAUUCCGGCAUGCUGAGCCCCGCUGAAACUACUCCAGCCAUUGUCGUGGACUCAACACCUGUUAGCCGAGCAACACAGCGAAAACGUCCUCGCGCCGCCGACUUUGAUGAGCCCGCUGCUAUUCCAAAGAGACACUCGGCCCAAGCAGUUAGGCAUCCUGGGCCAGCUGAGAAACUUAUCAUCGACAUUAGUGAUGACGAAUCUCUCUAUGGAGAUGAUGAAGGAGAGAACAUGGACGUUGACUCCAGCCCAGAGCAAGGGGCAACGCCUAUGGUCACUCUCGAGACCACAGGGCCGUCUCUUCAGAAAUAUUCGUCUACCAGAGCUUCUACGUCGACUCCGCAAGGAUCAUUCCGGCCCGGUGACCAAGACCAUAUCCGGAAGCGCGAGUCGGAGAUUGAGGCCAUGCGCCGCAAGAUUGCUGAGCUUGAGCAGAAGCGGAAGGCAAAGCUUGCUGCCAGCCGUUUUGAGUCUCCGCGCACCUUGGAUGAUUCCGGCUCAUCAUCAUCUGCUGCACAGUCAAGUGCGGCUGAGCCCGAUAUCGCUGAAACUUCCACGGCCCCAUCCUCAGGUCCAAGAUUGGAAGCCGGCGCCGCCACUAGCAUCAGCAGUUUCGCUAAUCGGUCCAAUCUCAUUGAUUUCUUCAGUGGAUCCUCCGUAAGAAUUUUGGCUUCACUGAACGUGGAACAGCUGGCUAGCUUCAGAUCCAAUCUCCUGCAACUGAAAGAUAUUGAAUCCGAUUUUUCCCGUCCAGAUGCCGAAAAUCUUCUCUCUGGCUGCAGAGAGGAUAUUGAUCGACUGCUAGCAGCUGUCUUUGGAGGACUGGACGGGGGACUCCAGCUUCUUGAGGAGCUCAGAAAUCUCAGCCAUGAGACCAGUGCCUUGCCGCUAGAACAUAUGGAUGAGCUCCAUCGACAGGCGAAACUUAAAGUACAGGACCUUGCUGUCAAAGAAGGUACUCUUGUCUCUUCGUCACAUCCCGUGAAGCAGGAGUCUAUCGUUACUGACAUCUGUCACUCAGCGUCCUCGACUAUAUCAGUUCCCGCAGAUCCCGAGGAAGGUGUUCCUCUGGAUGCUCUCACCCCUGGCCAAGAAGCCGCUGUGGACUCAUCGGAGUCUCGCGAAUACACACCUGAUGUACCCGCCAAUGGGAUCAUAGCGGACGAAGACGCCAAUAGCGUGGAUUUAACAUCUUCUCCUUCCCGGUCUGAUUCGACUGGCUCUGCCAUGGAUGAAUCUGUUAAUGGUGUCAGUUCUGGCCACGGUUCUUUUGCUAGAGAUGUCGAUUUCGCUGGUGUCCAAGCCAGUGCUGCAGACUCAGCUCCAGCGACGGGCGUGGAGGAGCAUAUGGAUACGGAUAAUUCUGACUAUCCCCUUCCCGAGGAAGUGCCAGAGUCUGUCCCUGAAGACGAUAAAGCCAUGUUUGAACACGAUGGCCAAGGGCACGAGAGUGACAGGGGCUCUAGAGAUUCUUCUUCCGAGUCGGAUGCUUAUGAGCCUCCAGAGCCUGAUAGUAGCGCCGAAGAGGCCGAAUCCAAGGUCGAGCAAGAUGACAAGGCUGACGAGGCCUACAGCCCUCCAUUCAGUCCCGCUCCUCCCGCCCCUGUAGAGGAAUUACCGGAGUCACCGCGCUCACGGGAUCAACCUCAAGCUGAAGAAACACUAACACGGGCACGUCCGGGGCCUUAUCUUUCGGAACCAAGGCGAGAUUUCCAGAUUGGAAUAAUCGAUGACCAAGUGCAGUCUUCCACCUCGGGACAAAAGUUUUCUCCCUACGUCAGCCCCUUACGGGCAUUCAAGGCAUAUCGCUACCACCCCACCUACGCUCAGGACGUUUCGGACGGCUACCGUUCGCUAACAUACAGCCAUGACAUUGAUACUAUGAAAUAUUUCUGUCCUUACGAGGUGGCUGGUGGUGUCUGCAACGAUCGGUGCUGUGAUUUCCAGCAUUUCCGGGACAUCAAUCUAAGCGAUGACAAGAUCCUUAUCGAGAUGGGAGCUGUCCGAGAAGGCCAAACCGAAGAAGAAAAAGAGACCUAUCUCGCCGGUCUGAAAGAGAUUAUCAACGAGAUGCGACGUGACAAGGUGAAAGAAUUCAGCACCGUGGCUGCCGAAAUAGCCGCAUACCGUAGGCGCUUUCUCCAAGACCCGUCGCGAGUCUUGCCCCUGUAA